ACGAAAACGGGCGAAAAGAAAAACAACAAUUUUUGUUCGUUGUUGAAGCCUGUAAACAUGCUAGCUGCCAUCACUACAUUCGCAGAAUCAUGUUUUCCUGCCAACUGGGCAGGUAUUUUCAAGUCAUCUUCUUAACCAUUGUUGCUGUUGUGGUCCUGUCCAUCGUCUCCAUCCUCUAUGUCAUCAACGUAAUGUCCCUGGGUGAAACUGUCCGUCCCACAAGGAUUGCCAGCCAGUUUGCAGGUUUGAAGUCCCUCAAGUCCAAGAAAUCACAGCACAGAGACAGCUGUGAGAGAUGUCUGCGACCUGUGGCCAGGGACGGAGUGGAGGACCUCUUCUGUAUGGAUCGACCCGCUUUCCUCAAACAGCUGAAGAACCCCUGCUGGUUUGAGGACGAGAAGCUUCGAUGUUUGCCAUACUUUCACAUCCUGGGCUGUGCCAAGUGUGCCACGACGGACUUGAGCAGACGCAUCACCCUCCAUCCUGACAUCGUGAACCCGGAUGCCCCCUUUGAUAAGGAAGCCUUAUGGUGGACAUGGAGGAAAUAUGGUUAUGUUGGCUUCUCCCGGACACAGAUACACAAGUUCCGCCAGUACCUCAAUACUUUUGACCCACUGGCCCGCAAGCUGCAGACAUCCAUGAGGAGAAAGGAACAGAAUUUCUCCCACUUCAUCACAAUGGAUGGGUCUCCCCCGGACUUCUGGGAUUUCCGGGGCUGGCCGCUGUUGCCUCAGAACCAUGGCCGCAGCGAACCAUGUAUCUACACCCCCCAGCUAAUGAAGCAUAUCUAUGCAGACCCUAAGUUCAUCCUCAUCCUGCGGAACCCAACAGACAGACUGUACUCGGACUACUUCUUCCUGCGUCAGGGCGACACCCCUGAAGAUUUCCAUGAAGAUGUUCAGAAAUCCCUUCAGAUUCUGGCCAACUGUCAGAAGAAGCACAGUCAGAGGCAGUGCUACUUCAGUGCAGAUGUGUACAAGAGACUGACAACACGAAUACACUUCGGAUGUUAUAGUUUAUUUCUGAAGGAAUGGUUGAAAGCCUUUCCACUGCGACACUUUCUUGUCUUGAAGACUGAGGAGUACUCGAAAAACAUCACUAACCACAUGAAGAUGGUCUACUCUUUCCUUGAUCUCAGCCAGGUGUCCAUGGACUUGUAUGAGGACAUUGAGGACCUGAAGAGGAGCCGCGUCACAAAGAAGAAGAAGAAUGCUGCGCCCAUGUUAGACAGCACCAGGGGGAUCCUGGAUCAGUUCUAUGCACCUUGCAAUCAGGAGCUGGCAGAUCUGCUGGGCGACAAGAAGUUCCUAUGGCAGUAAUACUUCCUGGAUUUUCCGAGAAAGUUAAAGAGUCCCAUAUUUUGCAUAAUAUAGCUGAAAACAAGGCUUGUUGUUACAUUAUUUGUUAUUUUGGCACUGCAUACAGUGAUUCAUGUCAAACCAGUACUGCAUAUCUCUGUGUAUGAGGCGAGUUUAUUGUACCUCGAAUUAGGGGCCUUUCAAGGGGGGUUGUCUUGUACACAGGGUCGAAGAGUUUUGAUGUUUUUCCCCCCAACACAGACAUAACUGUGAGCACGUAACACCGGAAAUACCAUGUCAACAAAUCCAUACUGAAGUACGCAAACUAAUCAUGUCUGGUUAUAUAAACAGUUCAUUAUAUAUCUGGACUUACCUUUGUUAUCUAUUAUAUUAAUUUUAUUCAAAAUUUCAUUCAAUAUUGUUUCUUUUCAUUUCGGCAAAAUUCAUGAUGUCAAAUUGCAGGAGAUCCCUCAGACAUUGGAUAAGGUCUAUUGUGAAUAUUUAUGUCAUCAGAAUUGAAGUUAUUGUUUAGUUGAUAUCCUCAAUAAGAUGGAUACUGCUAACAAGUUAUUUAUAUGAAGCCAUCAAGCGAUACCCAAAGACUGGCAGACCUUAGGGAUGUCUACACUUGAUCUACUUAUGUCACUUGUCCUUUUUUCACAAGUGUUAUGAUCGUCAGUACAUGAUCAUUUCAAAGUAUCUCAUGAUUAUCAGUGGAGUAUUCCACAGCAGAUUAUCAAGCCUGUUUGAGAUGAAGACUACUGUCUUCUCUCCUCAUGUGUAUUGGUAUGGUGUUGUUUGUUGUUUGUUGUGUAUCCACCAUCACCCGUUAAUGUUGAACAGUUAUGUAAUUGCAGAACACAGCUUAAUUCUUCGUUUUAAUGAAGGAAAAUAAUGUUAGUUGUGAUGUCUCGAAGCACUUUGACCUUCAGAUAGGAAUCUUGGGUGUACUUAACUUUCGUUUUGGACUCAAACAAUCACCAAUGUCCAGAUGAAAAUGUUCUUUAUUGUCAUCUCGCUGCAUCAUCACCAUUAUAGCAUUAUCAUCAAGAAUGAAAAGAAUCAAGUAGAGACUAUGUUUCAGGAAUAUAAUUAACUAUUUUUGUAUACAGAAAGUGCAUGUCACUAUAUGACAUGAUGCUGUCUGUAUGGUUUGUUUGUUUCUCAUCUCCCAUCAGUCAUAAAGUACCAGCCUGCUAAAAAAAACAGAAUAAAAAAAUAUAUUUGUUUGAUAUCAACAUGAUCAACCCAUUCAGAUGACUGACUAUGCACCAAGUUGCCCCUAUGUGUUAAAAAAAAUCUCUUUCAUCAGAAAAUACUUGUUAUGUUUAUUGGAGUGAACUUAAAGAAGGGAAGUAACUCUAUUUUCUGAUAUUUUUCCUUUUUAUGAUGCUCUUUCCAGCUUUAUGCAGUAGUGAAGCUACUAUUGCAUUUGAAUUUGAUUCAAUAAUGAUGCCAUGAGUUUUAGCAUGUGCGUAUGGAAAAUGUACUUUGUUUGCACAUGGAGAUGAGAAACACAACAUGGUAUGGAUUCAAUCUCAUAAAAAUCAGACCUCAGUUCUCGCUACCGCUGAACAAAGAUCUGAGGACAUCCCAUAAGGGGUCACAUCAGAAGGACCUUUCUUCCGACCAAUCAGAGCAUCGCUUACCAGAUUAUGAAAGUGACAGUCGGAAUGUGAUUUCUAAUCAUGCAACCACGAAACCAUAGUUACGG